AUGGCUCUGAGAAGGCUCAUUCAGCAGAACCAUAACGCCAACUUCUUAGGCUUCGGUGCCAGCCCUUCCGAGGGGGAGCAGGCUCUGCCGAUGGACAGCAGGAGGAUCCAGCACCUGGCCAACACGGUGGGGACGCUGCCCCGCGGGCGCAAGCAGCUUGCCUUAGCCAGAUCCAGCUCCUUGGGCGACUCCUCCAGGCCCCAAAGACACCUUGUUGCUAUAUUAAAAGAAGAUAAAGAGACAUUUGGGUUUGAAAUCCAGACUAUUAGAUUUCCGCACCAAAAUGAUUACUCCCUGGAGGUGUGCACUUGUGUCUGCAAAAUUCAAGAAGAAAGUCCUGCCCAUCUUUCCGGCCUUCAAACUGGCGAUAUCCUCUCCAGUAUCAACGGCGUGAACACGGACGGUUUUAAUCACAAGCAAAUAGUAGACUUGAUAAAGUCUUCAGGAAACUACUUAAGGUUAGAGAUUGUCAAUGGGGCCAUGUUUCUGCGGAAAAUGGAGCUCGAGACCAAGCUGCAGUUACUGAAGCAAACUCUGCAGCAGAAAUGGGUGGAGUUGCGCUCUCUGCUCUUACAGGAACAGCGCUUGCUGCACGGGGAGGUGAACGACAACGCUCUGCUGGGCGCGCUGGAGCUGGAAGAGUCCAGUUUGCCUGGUGGCUGCAGCACGCCGGGACCCCUCUUCCCAAUAAAUCCUCGCUUCUCCAGCGAGAGCAGCUCCCGCAGCCGGCUGAGCUCGAUGACUGUGGACAGCGAGGACAGCUUCUACCAGAGCGGAGCCUUCGAGGAUUCGGCUGCAGAGAGCCUGAGCCGCCAGUCGAGCGUGGAUGAUGACUGCUUCUUCCCCAGGGACGGGGACGGCGCUGCCGGGAGGUCCUCCCUGCGGAGGAACCGCAGCAUCAGCCUGGCCAGCAGCGGGUCCAUGUCCCCGCUCUGGGAGGGGACCAGCUUCACCAGUAGUUUUGGGACCCUCCCGCGGAAAAGCAGGAGAUCCAGUGUCCGAAAGCAUCUUUUGAAAUUCAUUCCAGGCCUUCACCGGGCGGUGGAAGAGGAAGAAAGUCGGGUCUGAUGUCGCACGUGUCACCCCUGAUGUCUGGGGCUCUGCCCGCGGGACAGCUGCGUGGCCUGGGACCGAGGGCAGCAGCUCACCCAGAGGCACGCAAUGAGCGAAGCGUGGUGGCACUGCACGGCAGUCCUCCGGACAACAGCACUGAUGCUAUUUAAAAAGCUCUGGGUUGUUUAAUUAUUUCAAUUUUUGA